GUCUUCGGAGGGGACAAUUUCCUGGACAUCUUUGGCGAGUUAGACAUCAUCGAGUCCGUGCUCGACAUGUUCGAUGAAAACCUCGCGGGCAUGACGGAGGAAGAGCAGAAGGCAAAGCUGGCGGAGAAGGAGAAGAAGGCCGCUGAGGCAGCCGAGGCCAAGAAGGAGAAGAUUGCGACAAUGGCACAGAAGGUAUGUGAUGGGCUCUAG